CGGUAUGUCGUGGUUAAUAUAUAACGCUCAGAGCACACUUGCACUUUGUUUCCCCAAAUAAUAGAUGGCGAUUUCAGACGCAGUCUUGCCCAAGCUGAAUGCUCAAUCACCCAAACCUUCCCAGACUGGAAUUAUGGUGGUACACAAAAUGAAGAUGGGAUUUAUUUUUAUUCUAACCUACAUGUGCUUCCUCACUCCUGCCCACCAAGCACAAAUUCCAAGGGCCACCAUCUCAGAUCUCUCCUUCAAAAAUAUGGACUUUGCCAUGAACCUUUACAAAAAAAUAUCCAGUUACCAUGACAAGAACAUCUUUUUCUCACCUCUGAGCAUCUCUACCAGUUUUGCUGCUCUCCUAAUGGCUUCUGACGGUGUCACACACGAGGAGUUACUCAAGGGUCUCAACCUGGAGCAGCUGGAGAGGGCUAACCAGCCAGAACUUAUCCCAAAACUUUUCCAACUCCUUCAUGAGAACAUCACACAGAAUGGAUCCGUGAAAAUGGACCAAAGCAUGGCCCUCUUUAUGCACCGUCAGUUUGAAGUAGAGAAGGAAUUUGAAGACCACAUCAAGACGUUUUUUGAUACUGAGAUCAAAACUGUGGACUUUGCAGAUACAAAAGGGAGUAUCAGGUUCAUCAAUGAGUACAUCAAGCAAAAGACUGAGGACAAAGUGAGAGAGAUGAUUUCUAGCCUGGGUGCAGAGAUCCAGCUCAUGUUGAUCAACACAAUUUUCUUCCAGGGAGCCUGGCAGAUACCUUUUAACCCCGAGACCAAUUUAAGUGCACCCUUCUACAUUGACAACUAUAAUGUUGUGCAAGUGCAAAUGAUGGUCAAGGAGGAUAAGUUCUACAUGAUGGAAGAUGUUUCUCUUGGAGCCAAAGUGCUGAAGCUACCGUAUCGGGAAGGUGUUGCCAUGCUUAUCCUGCUACCCAACAAAAGCAUCGAUUACACUGUAAUUGAUGAUGAGAUCACUGCUGAGAAGUUCCUCAGCUGGGUCAGACGGCUGCAAAAAACCAAACUGGAAGUCACCAUGCCCAAAUUCAAAUUGGAACAGUCGUAUUUCCUGCACAAUCUUCUACCAGAUAUGGGCAUGGCCAGUAUUUUUAGUAAUUCAGCCAAUUUGACAAGGCUGAGUAAGGAUGGAGGCGUCAAAGUGUCAGAGGUGCUGCACAAGGCUGUGAUUGAGGUGGAUGAGACAGGGACCAUUGCAGCAGCUGCCACAAUAGCUGGCAUUACUCCAUAUUCCUUACCCAGGAUUUUCCUCAUCAACAGACCGUUUUUCUUCUUCAUUUACCAUGAAGACACAAACUGUCUGCUGUUCAUGGGCAGGGUGAUUGACCCCACCAAAAACUAGUAGUUCUGAAAUGCUUACACAUGACAUUGUGUUUAUUCAGGCUUCCAAAAGGCUUGAUGGUUUGAAAUGCUUGUUUUGGUCUGUUCUGUAAAACGCCAUUUAUAUGAGAUGAAUAUUAAUAAAGACUUACAUUGAUGCGCCUUUCUUUGGGAUUAAAUCAAUAACAAAUCAUUCCAACUCUCAAAUGCUGAUGUGUGUAAAGCUCAAACUAAAUGAGAAUCGUAGUGGGUACAUAAAUGAGACAUCCACAGUAAUACACAGUAAUUUAAAAAUAAAUUACUUAUGUAAUUUUUAAAGGGUUUUAAAGUUGUAACUAAUGACUUUAUUAAUGAUUAAUAAAUCUUUUACUCAUGCGUAAUAGAUAAGAUAAGCAGAACAAGAAAGAGAACAAUUUUUGGGUUGCCAGGAUUUGAAAAAUCUCUGGCUGGUAUACAAAUAUGCAAAUAAACUUGCCUUGCUUUGCCUUAGUGCCCCCCCCCCAC